UGGGAGUGUGAUGGAGAAUUACAGUGUAAAGCAACAGGAAGCCCAGGGUGGCCUAUGUGGACCCAGUCUGGGUACGUUGCUGAGCAGUCACUCAAAUCCCCAAGGUUUUACCAAACCAGAGAGAACCCUUGCAGUUUAACAAACUUCUUUUGUCUCCUUCCAGUUCUCACUUAGUCUUCUAUCUGAACCUUUAAACCGGCUACUCUUUCCAAAGAGGCGGCUGAGUUUCCAACAUUUUCCGCUUUUGUUUCAGUCGCUGAGCGUGUCCAAGACACGGACUUAAAUUAUUCUAAAAAUGGUUAGCAAUUCGUUGCAAUAAGUGUAAGAAAGAGGCGCUGAGGCAAGAGACCAAAGAUCCUACAGAAGGGUGAGCCGACACUGACGGCAGCGACAGGAGUUCUCCUUCUGCCCACGCCUGAGCUACAGGGCCGAGUCCGUCUCCAUGGCAACCCAAGCUCAGCGGCAGGCCGGAUAAUACCAAAGCAAGCAUUCUUGGGGGUGGGCUCUACGCCCUUAGACAAGCAUUCUGCAGAAUUUAUAUACCCUGCACCGCAGAAUUCAACAAGUGGUACUCACACUUCUGUACCGCGGUCACCGCUGUGAAGCCGGGCUGCGGCGAUGGAAUUGCAGCUUCGCUCUUAGCUGGGCCUGGCGUGGUCGGCUGGCGGCGGCCGGUAAAAUGGCGACGGCGCCUCAGUCCUGGCAGUGCUCGGGGAGCUUAGCCUGCCUGGGCAUUCCUCCUCACCCCCAGCGUUACCAGGCGCUGCUCGGUGAGUCGGAGCCGUUUCAGCUCGUGUUGAAGUCGUUGGAGGGGUUGCCAUUCAGAGCGAGUUUAUUGGAGGGAGUGGCAGAUGUCCAGUGUCAGCUGCGUUUGAGCCUCUUUGAUAUUACGUACUCCCAUUUCUUUGGCAGAACUUGGAAGAGUUCUCCACAUCCCAUAAAGCAUACCCAUGGUCAGCAAUCCAAAGUGUCAUUCAAUCAGGCUGUUUAUUUCCACACAUCCCUAAACUGCACCCACAUUGUGAUAAUUGUGGAGGUGGUGGCUAUUGCAAAGAAGCGUGAAGGAAGUGAACAGAUUCUCUCAUGUGGAUUUGGAAUUCUUCACAUACCAAACAGACAGAAGCUUGCAUCAGAUGCAGAUAGAAAUCAAAAAGCUAAAAGGUUGAACCUCUACCAUGGCACUCCAAGAGCAUUGUUACAUCCAGCAUUAGAAGACCCCAUUGAGAGAAAUAAGUUUAUGACAUUGAUUGAGGGCAGCACCAUCACUUACUCAUUAUCAGUUCAUCCUCCCCUGGUGGAAGUUUGUCACCUCAUCCCUGAAAACCUGUUGAUCUCAGGGUCAGAAACAAUUCCCGGUGUGGCUGCACCUUCUGGACAGACAAGUGAUGCUUUGAAGAAACCUCAUUUACUGAAGACUGUAACGUGUUUCUUGGAUAAAUUGUCACUUCAGCUAUACCCAACAGUGGAAAAAUUUGAAGAGGAGCUGGUGGAAUUGCUUAAUGCAGACAGGCUGUUUAAGAGUGAUCAAGUUGCUGAUGGAAGCACCAUUGUUAUUCAAGAACGAAGGCUGCAUGUUGGUGUUCACAAUGGCUUGUGUUAUGUGCAGAAACCACAGGUGGUGGUUUUGAUUCCAGGGAUAAUGCAAGGAAAAUCUGGGAAUAUUUCCAAAAGUUUGCUGAAGAAAUCUCUGAUUCUCAGAAGCCGUAUCCAGCUGGCAGAAAUGGUUAGGCAUCAAUUCUUUGGUAUAGUUUUCCACUUGGAAUAUGUAUUCUGUACCUCCACAGGACAAAAAGGAACGAUGUCUUCUAGCAUCUCCAUGGAUAAAACAGCAUAUAUGCAAACACUGAGAUGGGCUGUUUGGAAUCCAUUCAUGGGACCCAGCACUUCUGAUAUAACAAUACCACUUCAGGGUGGCCCUUCACCUAACCCAAGCAAUUUGCUGGUUUACAAAACUCCCUCCACAGAGAUGAGUUCAGAUGAGGUGAAACAGGUGGAAUCAGGUACUAUCACCUUUCACUUUUCAUGCCGUGGUGAUAGGCGUGCGAGCCUUGGUUCUGAACAACCAGCAAGUAUGCCUGAGAAAAAAUCCCAGAUGUCUUCAGCAUCCUUGAGAAAAACCUCAGAAUCUUCUGGACCUCAACAAGGGUCAGGGGAAGCUCUCCAACGAGGCAGCAUCAUUUAUAUGGACUCAAAUGCAGGUCCAAGUUCCCCUUUGGUUGAACAAUUGCGAGAAUUGUCUAUUACAUCAACCCAGCCACCAAUCAUGGCCAUGGGAACAGAGAUUGGAGGGACAACUGUGACUUCAAGGGCAGCUUUGGCACAGAUGCAUGCAUUUGGCUUCCCUGAGAUCCGAGCUGACAAUAAUGAGCUGGCAGUAGUGAUUGAUUCAGAUAACCUUCCAGGCAUUAAUCUGCAGACAGAAGAAGCAGACCAUCUUCAGUGCAACGAAAUAAUUCUGCAAUUCCUGGCUUUCAGCAGGGUACCUCCAGAAAGUAAUCAUCCAAGAUCAGUCUACUUCACCUUUCAGUUUUAUCGCUUUCCACCAGUAAGAACACAGCAGCUGCAGCUCAUGAAGAUGAAAGGAAAAGGAACAUCAAACUCCAUGCCAUUCAUCCUUGUACCCUUAAGUAAAAAUGGGAUUGGUAAUAUUGAUUCUCCAGGUUUGGAGAUGAAAUUUAUGGUGGAGCCAAGUCUUCUGAGGGAUGGUGAACAUUUGUGGUUUAUUCAGUACUUGGCAAUGCAGACGUUGCAGAUUGAUGUCUGGGAUGCAGAAUCCUUACUUCUGAUUGGCACUGCUUCUGUAGACCUGAAGUAUUUGCUACGUCAUGGUCUCGCUGCAGUCCAGGUGUCUCAUCAGCUGGAGGUCAUAAGUACAGACUAUGCCCCAGAUGUACCUAUGUCCCUGUCUGAUUUUACAAACCAUGGUGCUGUUAAACCUUACGGAGUGACAACAGUAACAAAAGGAAAACUACAUCUGCGCCUUGGAAAUGUUGGUCACCAGAGUAAGCCGAGAGAGAAGAGUUCCUCGCCUUUCCUUCAGUCAAAGGUCAUUUCUGCCCAUAAUGAGAUCAGUGGGUUUUCUGGAGGGAGUUUGUCUACUGUGAAUGUGAAAAGACUAACUGCUAACAAUACACACAGAGCACAGCGUUUGGUGGACCAGGAUAGUGAGCUGGCCUCAGUCCUUUUUUCAAGAGCAAGAGUUGAUAGUUAUGGGCAGAAGCAAUUGGACAGUGAGGCAGAGGUUAUUCGCAGAAGGAAGCUGAACCGGAUGAUGUCUGUUCGACAGCUUGAGUCUGGCACGCAUCUUCAUUCAAAGAGCCAUAUUUUGGCAAAGCGAGAAGAACGGAUUCAGCAUGAACGAGAUCUACUGCUCAUAGAAGCGUAUCGUGAGCAAACUAAAGCAGAGGCAAUCAGCAAGAUGUUAUCUCAGGCCAUUACCACACAGUUCACAUUGUACUCCACACUUGGGAAUGCAGAGUUUUUUGAAUUUACUCUGAAAAAUCCUUACAAUGUUCAACACACUGUAACAAUUGAAUGCGAACAUCCAGAACUCAGUGUCAUUGUGAACAGCAGAGAAUGGAAGUACUUCAAGAACCUCAGCAAAGUAUUGACCCCAUUGGAAGAGGACAUGUUCCAUGUUGACGGAGGCGUGCAGUACCCAAAAAUCUACCUGCGACCCAAAGAGACUGUGUAUAUCCCAUUUAAAUUUCAAACCUUCAGUGCUGACCAUUCCGUUCCCCCACAGGGUCCAGAUAAUGGGAGUUUUUCUAGAAAGAACCUGAUUAAUCAGGAUAAGUCCAGCACAACCAAGAUAAUCCAAGUUUAUUUUAAGAUAGAAAACCAGAAGCCAAUUGCCAUCCUAUAUGUAAAUGUUGAAGCUCAGCCAUAUGUAAUUGAUCAGACGUUCCGCUUUUACCAUCCUGAACUAACAUUUCUGAAGAAAUCUAUCCGCCUUCCUCCACUGCAUAUACUGAAAGGUAUGAAAGUGCACACAUCACCUGUGGAGUUUCAAAUCCAUGUCCGCUGCAGCGAUUUAAAUGUCAUUUGUGAAUCAAAGAAAAUGGCUCCCAAUGAGCCCCAAGAUAUUUUCUUGAAAGUGGAAUGUGGACCUAGCCCAGAGAUCAAGAAGUUCUAUGUCAUGAUUUACAUGGAUCCGUGGCUGGCCGUGCCAAUCCAGAUAUGGCAGUUCUAUGUCCAGUCACUCCACCGGAUAGAUGUCAACUGUGUGGUCGGCCAGCGGACCCAGUUAUCACUGGUGUUGCGAGGGACACAAUCUACACGAAAUGUAGCUGCCUACACUUCAAAUACUGAAGAGCUUGAGGUUAUGCCAGCAGAUGUCUUCCUACUUCCACCACACGUGGUAAAGGAUCUGCACGUUACCAUCCGGCCUCAGAUGGAAGGAAAUAGGUGCAUCUAUCUGAAUGUGGUGGAUGUAGAUUUCCGUCAACUGGUGGCGUCUUGGCUUAUAUUUUUAAUAUGUAAACAACCUGCCAUCUGUAAGGCUUUUGAGAUCUCGAUACCCUUGGAAGAAGGGAAAGGUAGCAACAAGCGCGUCAGUUAUACCAAUCCAUACCCAACUAAGCGAGUGUAUUUCCUGCGAACCAAUCGUCCUGAUUUACUUCAGUUCAAAGAAGAUUCUUUUGAGGUUGAAGGUGGUGAAACCUACCACAUUGGCCUACGGUUUGCACCAGGCUACAAUUCUGGUGAGGAGGAAAUCCUGAUUUUCAUUAAUGACCAAGCUGAAAAAAAUGAAGAAACCUAUUGUGUGAAAGUAACAUACCAAUAAAAUCUACUUGAAUGCCUGAUGCAACAGACGUGUUACAUCACUCCACUUUAGAAGAGAUACAACCUUCUUCCUCAGCGUCUCAAGAACCAUCACUGCUGAAGCUCAUAACCACCUGCUAGACUGUCAGUGGAAUCUCUGGGACAAGAUGUAUCUACUGCAGAAGAAUAACGUUUCAGCUCCAUUUUAAACUCCUGUAUAAGUGCCUGCUGCAUGUCUGCUUCAGACUGCAUAAAAUGAUUGCUAUAUCAUGGAAUUGAAUCACUCAUCUUACACCGUAGUUUCCAAUUCUAGAUCAAUACUGUUUUGUUGUUUUGUCCAAGUUCAAGUUUAUGUUUCAUUGUCAUUCAACCACACACACACACACACACACACACACACACACACACACACACGCACACCAUAGAUUGACGGUGCAUGGGAUGUUGCCCUGGAGCUACUUUUUUGCAAGAACAAGCACGCAGCCAUUCUUUAUCAUGUACCCGGGCAGCUGCAGAUGAAUUCAAUAUAGCUCAUUUUCCACCAGGUGAAUACUGGAGGGCAGCACCAACAGGAUGGCCCAGCCACCAAACCAGCACAGACUCCAGUGCAUCCAGAAGGGCCUCUGCUCUCUCCCACACCACCUCUGACAUCUGCAGCAGGUGACACCAUGGCAUGAGGGCUUUGUCUACACUUAACCGAGGCAACACAACUCCCCAGCCUUGGUUUCGCCAGUGAACAGGAAUUCACAGGAAUUCUACAUUACUAAUGUCCAACAGCAUUUUCCAAUCACAAUAAAAAUAUUCAAGUCAAUUAUUUGCACCGCUAGUUGUACCACACACCGCCUCUGCACAACAACAUUACGCAACAAGACCAGGCGAAUACAAGGUACACAAGUUCAGCUCCAUCGCUAUUCAGCAACUUCUUAGUGGGUAGACCUGCAGUAUCUUUAUAUUCAACAGUGUUUUGCGAUUGUAUAAGAGAUGUAAAGGACAAACAAUUAUACCUUGUUGCCAAAAUGUAACUCUUGCCCCGAAUGUGGUUCCGGGUGUGGAAAGUACAUGAGUUUCAUUUAAGCUUCACUCAUAAAUAUAAAUCCUUGCUUUUGUUUCCAUAACAUUACCCACCAUUGGCAAACCGGAUUCCCAAUACCGCUGAAAGCCAUACCUUUAUUUUCAUUUAACUCAAACUCCUGUUACAGCAGACUCCAUCAAUCUCAAACUCCAUCCUGGACAAUUUCCAAUUCAUCCUGGUAGCAUCUGUCCACUUCUUUUGUUAUGUCCUUCUCACUCAGCAGUGGUCUUCUUCAACACCUAUUGGCUACUAGUUCAAUUCAAACCAGAAUUAAAACUUGACAUCCUUUACUAUGGUCUUACAUCACUUAACCUCUUAAAAUUCCUACUACCUCAGUGAUGCACCAUUAACAUUCAUGUAUGUCUUUGUGUGAUAUUAUUUAUAGUUAGAAUUUAUUCAGUAUAAGUGCUUUCACCUUGUUUCUUCUGAAGCUCUCAAUUGCUAUACCUGUUCUUUGUCUGGUUUUGUUGCUCGCUUUGUUGUCGUCCUUUGUGAAUCAACUGCGAGUAUUCAACUGCAUUAAAUAUGCUGUACUAGCAGUCCACUGGCAAAAGGAACAUGAACAACACUUUACCUCUUGUUCUUCAAGUGGAGGAAGCACCUUGCAGAGAAUGUUCCUCCUCCUUACAGAGUGCUCCUCAACUCACCCCCUUCAGCUCUUGCACAAAGUCUCCUUAUGGUCUUAGCACCCUUCUGCCCAGUGUGCUGUUGCUGCUGGUCUCAUCUAAACACAUUGACAUGCUGCUUGACCUAUUCCACUCACCCACAAAGUUCUCCAUUCAGCCCCUGACCACUGAACAGUUGCUCCUACAAAUCCUCUAACUCCCCACUGUGUGUUCCUGAUGCUACGUACCUCACAUGUAAUAUUCUGAGAAUGCUUGGUCUGCUUCAUUUGCCCAGAGGAAUCCUGCAGACAUCUUCCUGGUGAGUGCAUUUACGGGGGCUGCAAUAGAGCUGAAAGUUUGGAUGAAGCAGCGACAAAAAUUCGCAAAUCCCUUGAACUUAUUUGAUCAUAGAUGGCUCUGUGACCACCUGAUCUUUACUUGGGUCUAUUUGAACACUGAUGUAUAUCGACCAAAAUUGCACCUGGUCUUUAUGGAACUUGCACUUCUCUGGCUUAGUGUAAAGGUUACUCUCAAGCUAUCUGAGAACCCUCUGGACGUGCUGGCCAUGUUCCUGGUGAGAGCAGGAAUAGAUCAGAAUGUCAUCCAAAUACAUGAAAGCGAACUGAUUCAACAUGUCCCUAAGCACGUCGUUGAUGAGGGCCUGAAAAAGAGUAGGGGUGUUGACUAGGCUAAAGGGCAUGAUGUACUUAUAGUUGCCAGUGGAGAUGUCUUCCACUUGUCUCCUUCUCUGAUACCAACAAGGUUAUAAGCAAUUUGCAGAUCUAUCUUCGAAAAUAUGAUAGUUUCCUGGAGAUGUUUGAAUGCAGAGGCAAGCACGAAAGAGGGUAGCAUUGUUUAGAGGCUUAUAAUCAAUGCAGGAACAGAGCUUACCAGCCUUCUUGCUCACAAAAAAAGAAGCCCACCCCUGCUGGCAAGGUUGAUGGAUGGAUAAACCCCAAGGCCAAUGCCUCCUUGAUGUAUCUCUUCCAUGGCUGUUGUUUCUGGAUGAGGGAAAAGAGCUGGCCCCAGGUAAGAGAUCAAUGGCAUAGUCAUAUGACUGAUGUGGAGGCAGAGAAGUAAACUUCUUUUUACUGAAGACCUCAAGAAGAUUAGCAUAUUCAGCCAGAAUGCCAGACAGGUCCACACCAGUAGUUGACAGUUGACGCAGGAGGGGAUUCGCGGUCUGGUGCUUGAGCUGGGCCCAGACAGGUAGCCAGGUUUAUUGGUCCCCACUCUUGGAGUGCUUUUAGGGACCACUCAAUCCAUGGGUUUGUCAGGAUAACCAGGGGAGACUAAGCUCUAGCGGCAGUUCAGGUGAAUCAAAAAGAUAGAAGCAGAGUUGUUCCCUAUGGUUGCCUUCAAGGUCAAGUUGGAGGGAUUUGGUGGAAAGGUGGAUCUAGCCAGUGCCCAGAGGUCAACCAUACAGGGCUUUGACAUCAAUACUUUCUCUCAAUCUGAGUCAAAACUCCUCACUUUUGAGCCAACGAGAUGUCCAAGAGAUACCCCGCUGCCCAGGAGUUGUUAAACGACUGAAGUUCAUGAGUCUGAGAACCACACAGUAAGAAAGCUGGGAGCAUCACACAGUUAGGGGAAGCCGAUUGCACAGAGAACUAACUCAUCAGAACUCCCCUCCCUGCUGCUGGGUGUCCUCUUUUACCAGACGUUUGGGACAUGAUGCACAGAAAUGUCUUGGAUCACCACCAUAUAGGCAGAAACUUGUUCUGCUCUGAUCUUGUUCCUCUCGAGAUAGGUGUGUGCACCCCACUUGCAAUGGCUGCUCCAUGAGCUAAGUACUGGGUGAUGACAGAUGGUGAUACAAAGAGUAGGGAACGUGAGACAUUCUUUCCUUUUGGCACUCAGUUGCCAGGUCAUCUCAAAUGGCCAGAUUAAUCAGUCGUCCAGCUUGUCCUGUUCUACAUGGACGGCAACCGUGUGCUGGACCCCUGCAUUCAGUCCACACUAGAAGGCAGUGAUGAGGGAUCUCUUGUGCCAUUCUCAUGCAAGCAUGCAGAAUUUUAUUGCAUAGUCCCUCACUGUCCUCCUACAUUGGCGCAACCUCCUGACCCCAUACUAGAAGGCCAAAUACACUCCCUAAAUUGGCAGUAAAAUGUUGAAAUGAUGGGGCUAGUGGGUACCUUUGCUCCUUUUGAGCAUUGAACAGGCUGAGUGGAGGUCCAUCCAGGAGAUUUACCAUGUAUGCCAGUUUAUGUGCAGCAUCACCAAACUCAUUAGGCCGGGCUUAGAAAGUCAGCUCACAGUGGGUAAUGACACUCCUGCGGCUAUCAGGGUCACCAGAGUACCUGCCCGGUGUAGGAAUACUUGGUUCUGGUACAGACACGGGAGUUUGGUUUUGGACCAGAUCUGAAGUCAGGGCAAUAGUGGCCGAGAUUUGCUUUCAAAACAUUUGGAUAUGACCAAGUGUGGAGAGGGAGAGAGACACUGAAGCGGGUCACCAAUUCACUGACUUUAAUGAGAAUUGUUGCAGAACUUAUGGAAAAAGAAAAACAAACCCUAGGCCAACAGGACCAUUAACUAAAACUCUCAAAUUGAAAGUUAAUGUCAGCAUUGUGGCUGGAAACAAUAACCUAUUCUAAAUAAAUACCACUCCUUGGCAACGUUAGUACAAAUAGUAGUUCUAUUUUCCCAGACAAAGAUGAGGGGAAGCAGAGAGCGUAAACAUUGAUGUGCUUUUAGGCAAGUCUGGACAAGACUAGAAUGAAAGGAAGGGAGCUAAAUACCACAAUAAUGGAACACUUAAGUAGCUGGAAGGUGCAAACUCAUGAGUGUGAUUGUUGAGCCUGCGGUGUAGCUGGUGUGCGGGCGCAUCGUACUGUAGGCCCUGCAGCAGAGUCUGGUUGUGACAUUUUUCGGGUGUGGGUUGAGAGGUAUUGCUAUUACAUUGAGUUAGCACAUGUUCAAUGAGCUGAAAAUUCUUCUUCCAUGCUUUAACCUUCCUGUGAUUCUGUAACAGGCAUGUGCAUGCUGAAAUGUAAUGUCUGCACUGACUGCAUUCACGUUGACAGGCAUUUCAAAUCUUAGAAAUGGUGACCAUUUUCCUACUACCAGGCAAUGCCCAUACUGGCAGGUAGCAAGUAGUCUCUGUAUUAACAGAUUAGAAUCCCCAUUGGCAAUCAUUCUCCACAAUGACAGUAGCUUUAUUUGGCAGGCAUUCUCCAAAUUCACAUGUAGUGUCUAUAAUAACAGGCAGUGCUUACACUUCAGGUAAACUUUUAUUAAUGAGCAGUGCCCAUGGUGACAGGUAAGUGCCCACAUUUCAGGUAGCCUCUUUAUUUAUAGGCAGUGCCCACACUGAUAGAUUGUAUCCACUGUAACAAGUAGUGUCUGUAUCGGCGUACUGUCAGAUACUGUUCAUAUUGAUAAAUGUUAUACAUACUGAAAGCUGGUGUCCAUAUUGACAAGAUGCCUCCAAGGUGACAGCACUAACAGGCAUCAUUUGAACUGGUGUACAAUUCAUCAUAUGUUGAAUCCAAAGUAUGUUUAUGAAAAAGUAUAUAUUUUUGUGUGGAGGAAAAUAUUCAAGUCUGAAACAUUUAUUUUUAACAUUCUGCUUGUGAUUGUUUUCUGAAAGUUAUAAUUAUUUCACUUCCAAGGUGCUACUGGUAUGAGAGUGAUAUAUGAACUCCUGUGGCAUCUUGUAGCCUGUGAAACCGCACAAAUGGUUUUCCCCUUUUUGUCGUGAAAAAUCUACAAAAUAUAUUUUUAAAGAGAGAAUGUGCAAGUUUACUAAAAACAUCUGGGUUGUAUACUGCU